CCGAUCUACAGGGAUCCUCCACGUACACCCACCAGCACGACAGAGGCCCGACGACAAGUGUACGCACACGCACACCCACCAGCAUGACAUACACCAUAGGCGACAGAAGCAUAACGCUCGACGCGUUGAGCGAAGACGACCACCAGCUCAUCCUAGCCCACUCGCAAGUAUUCAAGUACUGCUUGAACAACGCCGUGUACACCCUCUUGCUCAAGGUCAAGAAGGUGGUACACUUGUACAGUGACGUGAUGACGAUCUACUCGACGUUGUUGCGCAAAAUCCCCGACUACGACGACAUCACCAUGAUGGCCAACAAGGUCAAGAUGCACUUGAUGAAGGUGGAGGAGGACUUGGAUGCGAUUUUCGGCGCAGAAGAGGACACUGCCCCCCGUCGCCACUGGGAGAGCUUGUCGUACGAGCGAUCCACCAAGAAGGUGUCGCUCUUGGUGAUCCGGUCCACCAUCGAGUCGUUCGACCAGAUCGCCAAAACCCUCAACUGCAUCGAGAUCUUCUUUAACUCAUUCAACAACUUGAAGAAGCUCCUCAUUCCCUAUCUCACCACCCAGACCAUGGCGGUGUCCCGGUGCUUGGCCAAGAUCCACUACCUUUUGGGCAUUACCACCAUCGUGGACGAUAUUCCCGACUUGUCACCACCAAUCGUCAAGCAGCUCAAAAAAAUCGAGAAGAUCACCACCGGCAUGGAGCGUGAGGGCCUAAUUUUGGACGCUGCGUUCCUGACGUUCGAACCGUCGCUCCAGCAGUAUACUCGGGUGUUGCUCGGGAAGGCUAUCUUGAAGCGAGAUAUCAGUGAUACUGACUGCCAGCUCAUCAAGAGGCGAGAGGUAUGCUUCCAGGCUGCCGAGUUCGUGGGCAGCAUACCGUUGACGGAGGAGCAGUCUUUCAAGAAACACAUCAACACCAUCUACUACGCUGUGUUCGUGUUUAUGGCCAUGGUUAGCAUAGUGGUAUAUAGGAUUGCCCAGGUGGUUUUGGGCAAGUGAGAAGCGUGGUCUUAAUAGGAAAUAGUCAGAAUCUGGAGGUCAGCCAGAGUGGGAUAUUGGGUUUGGAGCAGUGGUAGCAGAGUACUAGAAAUACAUAUAUGUACCUAUUUUGAGUAGU